CUGAUUUGGUGGCGUGGUUUCAGAACUAAUUUAAGAAAAUUUCUAUUGAUAUCAUUUGAUCUGUAUUAUAUGUCUAAUCGAUUUUGUUCGACUACCAUAAUCAUCAAUCCUGAUAUUAAUGUGUUGAUCGUUUGAAUUUUAAAUUUCGUCGUAGCAGCUGUGUAUUAUAAUCCUAUCCGAAAGUAUCCAGAAAAAAAUUUUGAAUUUUCAAACUGCAAAAAACGACAACCAUCAAUUAAUCAUAAUCCAUAUUCCGUCUACUGCGAUAUCAUUCAUUCAUUUGUUUUUAUUGUCGACGUGUAUAUAUGAUCCAUUUAAAUGAUGAUAAUUUUCAAGUUUGGAGAAAAACCAAUGAAUUGAUUGCAACUUUUUCAUUCCAUGAUCAAUAAAUUACGAAUCGUUGAAAAAAUUCGGAAUUCGAUGUUUUGUAUUUAUGUGUGUUGAAUGAUUUGUGCCUUUUGUUCGAGUGAAACAAUGAAAUUCACUAUUCAGCACCAGACUAAAUUCGAGAAAUUUUCUAGCCAAAUGAUGACGAUCAAAAAUUCUAAACAUGAAAAUGUGAUGUUGAAUGAUAAUAUCGAACAGAAUCUACAAAUAUUAAUGAAUAAUAAUAAAAGGACUGGACAAAAAUCAUCCCAACAAUCAAUAUUGAUGAGAACUUCAGAAUAUUCGCAAAUGAAUAGAAAAUAUUUCCGGCCUUUGUCGGUUUUCAGAAGACGAACAUCUCUUUUAUUUUUGUCUUUGAUGUUAUUGAUGGCACAAAUUCCGCUUGGUGCUAGUGAUGAACAUGAACAUAUUUAUGAAGAUAAUGAAGAAGUUGUUCUAUGGAUGAAUACCGUUGGUCCAUAUCAUAAUCGUCAAGAAACCUAUGGAUAUUUUUCAUUGCCAUUUUGUCGUGGCCCAAAAAAAGGCAUUAGUCAUUAUCAUGAAACACUAAGCGAAGCAAUUCAAGGCGUUGAAUUGGAAUUUUCUGGUUUAGAUAUUCGAUUUAAAGUUAACAUGGAGAAAACACCAUUUUGCAAGAUUACAAUGACUAAAAAAAAUUAUCAUACAUUUGAAUUUGCUAUCAAAAAUUAUUAUUCGUAUCAAAUGUAUAUCGAUGAUCUUCCCAUAAUGGGUUCUGUUGGUUAUUUGGAUGAAACCGAUUCAACAGCUGUCUACUUUUUUACACAUAAAAAAUUCGACAUUGGUUACAAUGGUGAUCAAAUUGUCGAUGUCAAUAUGACAAGUGAAGGAAAAGUCCGAUUGGAAAUUGGCCAAGAAAUAGAAUUCUCUUACGAAGUUAAUUGGAAAUCAUCAAGUGUUCAUUUUGAAGAUCGUUUUGACAAAUAUUUGGAUCCAAAUUUUUUUCAACAUCGUAUUCAUUGGUUUUCAAUAUUCAAUUCGUUUAUGAUGGUCAUUUUCCUCGUCGGAUUGGUUACAAUGAUUCUAAUGCGUACUUUAAGAAAAGAUUAUGCUCGAUAUAAUCGUGAUGAAGAACUUGAUGAUAUGGAUCGAGAUUUAGGCGAUGAAUAUGGAUGGAAACAAGUGCAUGGAGAUGUAUUUCGUCCUCCAGCCAUGCCUAUGUUAUUCUCUUUAAUGAUCGGCUGUGGUUAUCAUAUUGCAUUCGUUACAUUAUUGGUCAUCAUCUUUGCAAUCAUGGGUGAUCUUUACACUAGCCGUGGUUCCAUACUCAGUGUGGCCAUAUUUGUUUACGCUGCUGCAUCUCCAGUGAAUGGUUAUUUCGGUGGUUCUUUAUAUGCUCAAUUUGGUGGUAAACACUGGAUCAAACAAAUGUUUUGGUCGGCAUUCGCCAUACCAUUGAUUGUUUGUGGAACUGCAUUCUUCAUAAAUUUUAUUGCUAUAUAUUAUCAUGCAUCACGUGCCAUACCAUUUACAACGAUGUUGGCUGUCGCUAGUAUUUGUAUAUUUAUAAUUCUACCUUUGACACUAGUUGGUACCGUAUUGGGACGUAAUAUUUCUGGUCAGUCCAAUAAUCCCUGUAGAAUCAAUGCUGUACCACGACCGAUACCAGAAAAGAAAUGGUUCAUGGAACCAUUGGUCAUAGUGAUACUGGGUGGAAUACUUCCAUUUGGAUCAAUAUUCAUUGAGAUGUACUUUAUAUUCACUUCGUUUUGGGCAUACAAAAUCUACUAUGUUUAUGGUUUCAUGUUAUUGGUAUUCUUAAUUUUGGCUGCAGUCACUUCUUGUGUGACUAUUGUUUGUACAUAUUUUCUUCUCAAUUCAGAGGAUUAUCGAUGGCAAUGGACAAGUUUUAUGGCCGGUGCAUCUACAUCCAUUUACGUUUAUUUGUAUUCAUUCUAUUAUUUCUUUUUCAAAACCAAAAUGUACGGAUUAUUUCAAACAGUCUUCUAUUUCGGUUAUAUGGCAUUAUUUAGCAUUGCUUUGGGUAUCAUGUGUGGUACAUUUGGCUACAUGGGAACAAAAAGUUUUGCCCGUAAAAUAUAUUCCACCGUCAAGAUUGAUUGAUUGAAAGAUAACAAAUUCAACGACCAUUAAUGGCCAUUUAAGAUAUCUUUAUAUUUUUUCACGUCAAAUAUGUAUUCAAACAAAUACAUACACAUACUCUUAUGUAUGACUGUCAUUUAUGAUAAAAAAGAAAAUCGAAUUAUAAUAAAAUGUAUGUAUUUGCGAGUGUA